UAACUUUCGACAUCGUGAAUUACAAGGCUGGACGUGGAGCUCACAGUUGCAGGGGCAGCACCGCAGCAGCCAUGGCCAUGGAUGCGAGCUACGGUGACGAAUUUGCGGUUGGUUGCUUUAUCUCCAUUAAAACCGCAUUGGGAGACGAAUUCGAGGGUCAAAUCAUCUCCUUCGACAGGCUUUCCAACAUGCUAGUCCUUCAGGAAGGCUCGAAAACGGGCCCUCGUCGAAACAUUCGGCUUUUGCAGGCCAACUAUAUAAAAGAAUUCACCAUACUGGGUCAAGCUGAGGAUCCUCUUGAUCUCAAGAAAUGUUACCUCGAUCUUGCUAGCCUUCAAGCUAGGGAGGAGGCUGCUAUAAGGCAAGCAGAGAUGGAGGCUGAGAGGAUUGGGGUUGGGGUUACAAGCGAUGCUCAGAGAAUCUUCGAUGCAUUGUCUAAGACGCUUCCGGUUCACUGGGACAAGACUGUCAUUAUGGUGAUGAGUGAAGUCCGCGUUUGUAGUCCAUAUCUCCCUGAAAAUGUAACUGGCGGAACCCCUGCUGCCAAUGAUAGGGUGAAGAAAGUGGUAAUGCAUAUUGAUACUAGAAUUUGAAAGGAAGAGGUUGCAAGCUCGUGGACCAAGCCACUGAUAGAUUAUCAGUUCCAUUGUGUAGCUGUCGGGGAGUGCUACCAUAUGCUAAUACCCAUUUAGUGCAACCAUUGGUGCAUUGAGGUAUGUCCUAUGGUGGCUGGCUAUUUAGCUUGUAAACAAGUUCUGUUGGAGGAGGGGAAAGACACCAGAAUGACUUUUAUUCACACGCUUAUCUAACUUUGUACAUUAUACUGGUCAAGUUAAUAUGAAAGUAAACAUUUGAAGGUUG